GUGCCUGUUUGCCGAUGCCACAUUAUGAAGCUAAAGGCUCUCAUUCGGGAGAUAGUAGGACUUCGAAGCUGAAGAAAAACGGGCGUUCUUAUUGUUCGUCACCAGACUAUGGUGGCAGGAUCAAAGAGUCUAAAAAAAGAGCAACCCCUUUUGAGCCGAUUCAUCUUAGAUCUAGAUGUCCAAACCCUCCUGAUGCUCUGAAAAGGGCCAGGAAAUUUAAUUCAGAACGUCCUUCUUUCCUCAUUGUUGUGCGGAGCUACUAUCUCGAGUACAAUAACGUGCAUGUACCUAGUGGAUUUAUGAAGAGCCAGAUAAGCAAAAGCCUGGUAGUGGAAGACGCGACACUCAAGUUUCAGGGCAGGUCAUGGACGGUGAAGUUCUUCAACUAUCCAAAUUACUAUGGUGGAAAGUUCUCGACUGGUUGGACCAUGUUUGCGAUUGAUACUUCCUUGAGUGAAGGAGAUGUGUGCGUGUUUGAACUGAUCAAGAAGAAUCCGAUGGUCUUCAAAGUCUCAAUUUUCAGGCAUGCCGAUUAGGCACGAAGCGGCCAUUGUGCGUACCACUAAGGAGGGCACAUUUUGGUAACAUCCUUGCCUCUCUCUCCAGCUGGCAGAUUAGAUCUAAGUUAUGAAGAUGCUGGUUGAAUAUGAUCCUUUCCGUUUUCUGAUCGGCACAAAUGGUUGUGGAAUUAUGUAUGGACCAGAUGCUUUACUUUGAUGAAACAUCAAAUUGGGUGUGCAUUGUGUUUUGAUGAAACAGUGGAGUCUGAUUCUGAGAGCUCCUUUUUGACAGCUUACGCCUUGAAAAUUUGUUGGAACUUUUCCUCA